AUGGCCUCCACGACCUCAAUGAGCCUUGCCGGGGCUUUCAGAGGUCUCACGAUCUCCGCGACGAGGCCCUCGCUUGGCCCAUGCCUAGCAGCCGCGUCUAGACAGAGCGCAUCGCCAAUCUUUAGCAAUGUCCGGCCUUUCUCUGCGACAACCGCAAAGGCCAACUGGCUGGAGCCCAGACUGGAGCGCAAGAAGAAGAUGAUGAAGGGACGACCCAGAGUACCGACCGGCGGCUCGACAAAGGGAACAACCGUGGUAUGGGGCGACUACGGCCUGCGCAUGACCGACCACCACCGACGAAUCAGUGCACAGCAAUUGAAGAUUGCAGAGGACACAAUCAAGGCCCGUCUUCGUGGAGUCAAGUACAGACUAUACAAGAGAGUCAAUUGUGACGUGGGCGUGUUUGUCAGCGGUAACGAGAUGCGUAUGGGUAAAGGAAAGGGUUCCUUUGACCACUGGGCUACCAGAGUUGCCAUCAACCAGAUCGUUCUGGAACUGAAGGGUCUUGUGCACGAACAGGUUGUUCGUGACGCAUUCCGUCUGGCUGGAAACAAGCUACCUGGCCAGUGGGAGUUUGUGAAGAAGGGAGAGCCGCCCGUCGUGGGUAUCACAAAGCUGGUGGAUGGCGUGACAUUGGAGGAACUGAAGAGACCGAGGAGGAAGAUUGAUGCAAGCGAAUUGCAUCCCGUCCCGUCUCCCAGUACAUCGCUUGAAGCGGAGAAGCCCUUGGAUCCUACACCAUAA